UUCUUUCUCAGUUGAAAUUAGCUUCAAGAAUUCUAUGUCAAGCAUUUAAAGCCAGAUUCAUUCUGGACCAAGACUCUGUAGAUCGUCGUACAAACUACCAUCGAUCACUUCGCAGAUGUCAGACCCUCAGGUUUUGAUGUUUUUCUCCCUCAAGUAAUGUGGCUGGGCGUGUUCUUUGCAAGUGUACGUGUCUAUCUGUAGAUGCACCUAUCUUUUUUUUGCUGGCCUUUGACAAGAAGCCAGGUCUAAGGAGCGUAUUAAGGACUACCAGAGAAGCUGGGACUAUGAUCGAAGGAAAACUCAUAUCAAAGAGAGUCUAAUCGAAUGAUAACAUGCAUUAAGGACUCUGUAAAAGGCUAUUGGCAGGAAAGAGUCCAGGUGCUGAAGAAGAGAAGCUGAUGGAACUAUAGCUGAGUACGUUCAACAGCAAACAUGGAACCAGAGUCGGAGGAUUUUAACAAUUUUUUGCCAGCAGUAUGGCUCAUCUUUGGAGGAUCCUAUUUCAAUCAUUCAAAUGCUCCGAAAACUACUCCAAGGGCUCAAGAUGACAAUGUGAAAUCGUCAAACAAGCAGGAACCUUCAGACUGUCGUGAGCAAAUUUUAGUUGAUCUAUUACGUUACCACAUAGAAAAUGAAUAUGUAAACCGCCUUCAGUCUUCCGCCCUCAUAACACAGUUGAUGUCAGUAGUUGAAUUAUUUAAAAUUUGGUCCGAAGAUCUGACUUUGAUUUAUGAAAUUCGAGUACUUUCAAACAAUAAUGAUGUAGAGUUUGAUUCUAAAUUAAAAUUCCUAGCCGAGCGAAUUUUUCAAAGAAUAUCUGAUUUUCAUGAAUGUACAAUCAUUCCGACCGGAUUAAUUUCAUCGGAACUUACGGAUGGUAAUGAAAAUGUUAGUUUAGCCGUUUUAAAGGAAGAAGGUCAUCGUAUGGAUUGGAUCCAGGUUGAUCCUGGCAGCACAUACCAUCAAUGUUGCCAUGAUCUAGUUGAUACGAGACGAAAUGCUUUCUUCAAUAUACGCAACGUACAAAAAAGUAAAAUCACUAGAGAAUGGGUUCGCUUAUUAUUAACUUUUAAAUGUAUCACUCCAACGCAAUGCUAUAAAGAGCUCAUGUUUUAUGAAUGGUUGCUUCCUCACCUUAAUGGUGAAUCCACUCUUCAAUCGAAGCCUGAUGAAGGUUUCAUCAGGUAUCGUCAUUCAUCACCUACUCACACAUGGCAAGUUCUUGAUCAAUCAUUCCGGUACCUAUUGCAGCAUUUUCUGGGCAAUUCUUACCUCCCGAUUUACCAAGAAAUAACAACCAGUUUCAAAAUUUCCUUGAUGGAAAAGUCCUUAACCGUUUAUGAGGAAAAGGUUAGCAAAGAUAUUCGACAAUGCCAUUUCCUUCUUCAGGAAAUGAUGAGAGAUGUCGCUCAGCAGGCGCUAGAUCACGGAAAUGAAAAACAAAAAGAACAUGCUUUUGUUGUUUGUGAAGCAGUGAAAGUAGCCCUAGAUAAUAGCUGCAGUAAACAACAACUGGAACUGGAACUUCAAUCCAAUAUCGGUGAUGUGCAUGUAUCAUCAUGCAGAUUUCCUGCUCUCCAUUUACCAAAAAUUACGUCUUCCUCCAACACUUCCUCCUCGUCCAGUUUAGAUAUUCACCCCAACUUUGUGAAACCAAAUAUGCAGGAUGACAUAAUUGAUUACCUCAAAAAAUUUAGGGGAAAUUUCUUAAACAAAUUGACAGCUGAAGACUUCGACACAUCUGCGCUGAUAUGUCGGAGCAUCGAAGAAUGUUUCAUCAAUUUUCUUUGGAAAAGCGAUAUAUUGGAAGUAACAGGCUUGUUACCAUUCACGAGAAACGAUGUUUAUUUGGCAUCAUGUUUAAAGGACCUUGGCGAGUUGUACUACACAUGUCAAGGACGAUUAGUGAAUUGCUACCUUAAAAAAGAGACCUAUGAACCACUUUUAUAUGCAAAAAACGUGGUAGUUCAAUUCUUUGUGUAUGCAGCAAUUGCUGCAUUGAACCUUCGUCAUGGACGUAUAGGGCCUGUUCUUGCAAAUUAUAACCUGAGCACUUCCUGCAGUGAAUCGCUGAAGUUAUCCACGAUAAUCCCUUCCCUUGUGAUUGAGGAUUCGCAGUGGCUGAAUGUAUUAUUCUCCGUUCAAACUUUUUUCGAGCACAGUAUUGAAAGACAUACGCUCUUCUCAUUCCGAUCAUUCAUCAAUAAGAAGCCAGCUUUGAACAUGACUUUGUCUAUUAGAAACGAAUCCGAACUAAUGGAUAACAAUGUGAGAUUCGCUUAUGAUCUGCUACAAACAGAUGCCGAUGUAUUUGAUGCAUUUAAUGACGACCAUGCUGACCUAGAACCGGUCGAAGCGCAUCGAAAGUGGACAAAACUCACUUAUACUGAUCCUAAGAAAUAUUUGCCUGAGCUGUAUACAUUUCUACCUCUAGUAGCUCACAGUGCUAAAACAGCUUUAACCGGUUUUGACCUGUUAAAUACAGGUUCUAAAAAGUACUCAGCAGAGUGGUUUUGUUCUAGAAAAUAUGGUUCUUAUUCUUUGGUCAACUUUAGAGUAAAUACCAGGUGUGUUAGUACUAAUGCUGAAGUGAGUAAGCUUACAAGUUACAGACUAAAAACAAAUUCGGCCUCUGUGAAUUCUUUUCAACCGUUUAUUAGUUUCAACUGGGAAAAGGAUGAUAAAAAUGCCAAGAAAAGUAUACAUUUGUGUGAAAAUGAAAUCAUCGCCCGCCUAAACCAGAAACCAGACACCAUGGAUUGUAAUCGUUAUCUACAUUUAGGGUUUCUACAAAGCGAGCCACAUCUAAAGUUGGAACGUUUGUAUAUUGCGCUAAAGGAACAGCAGCUUAAUUUUAGUAGCAAAGAAGAAGGUGUAUUGAUAAAGCAAACCUUAUUUGAAAUCAGCAUAUCCAAGGAAAUUGAUGAGGUGCCUUGCACCUUACUUAAAUGGACUGCUUUUCACAAGCCAGAAUUGAUUCAUGAGUUGGGCUCACUGCUAAUAGAAAAAGCACGCGCAAUGAAGUAUUGCCUGACGCAACAUUAUGCUUUAGGCGAUAUUCUUAUUGUGACCCUAGGUCUAGUAACAUUUUAUCCAUCCGAGUAUAGAGAUUUUUUCAUCGAAGGUAUCUUAGAUAUAUUCUACAUGCUUAAAGGAAUUUUAACGGAGUCUCCAACCCAUUUAAGUGAUCAAACUUUGCUCUAUCUUAAUGCAUACCUUAUCAUAAUUGUACAAGCUUCCCAGCAUCUGUUGAAAACGGAGCUUGUAACAAUAUUGAAAGCAUUCCUGGAAAUUGAAAGAUACAAAGCUAUAGGAACUCAUCUCGACAACAACUUUUUAUUGCGUAUAAGGUCAGCAAGUUUCGAUUGGUACUCACAAGUCGAGGAUCGUUUACAUGAAGACUCAGAUAUACUCAACAAUGUGAUGUUGAACAUCAAUCCACAAUGGAAUCAAGAGAGUUCAUGGACAAAAAGUAAAAACGAAUUAUUAUUCAGGUGUAAUGAUUUUGCAAUUAGACCUCUACAUGGUUGUGUUUAUUUUAACAAUCAAUCUAUUAGAGGACUACCCAGCAGUAUUAAAGAGCACCAAGUCUUCCGAGAUUAUAUCGGAGAAGUGAAUUUUGCUGUUCGCCCUGAAACUUGUGAAAUUGAUUCCAAAAUGUUGCCAUGUUACGUUUCUGUUGGUUAUGAGCCUCAAACACGAUUCACAUUGGUACAGAAUAAAAUUUUAUUAAUUGAAGAAUGGAUUCAAGAUAGUUUCCAACGGUACGUCCCAGCUCAUGAAAUAUCUUCUCAUGAGAACAAGUACCCCCAAGCCUUCUACAAACUACCAAAUAACACAGGAAAAUUAAGGCAUUGGUUGAAAGGUCGUUCAUUGAUACUCAUCAAAGAUGAAAAUAAAAAGGUUGUGUUUGAAUGGGACCUAAAGGCUAGGACUCUGCUUUCUGUGCAACAUGGUGGAUAUGUUGUUCCAUGGAAACAACUAAAAACUUGUUUCUUUAAAAAAUGGCUGGAACAAAUGGAAUUGCCUGAUUGGAUAGAACUCAUUGCUCGGCCAACAUCCAAUGGCUCAGGUUAUUACAUCAUCGAAUCAUUAAAUUUGCCUCGAUUAGGCUUACAUUUUUGUUACCAGAAAGGUGAAUUCUUCUCCAAACAGAUUCAUGGUUAUGUCAUUGCUAAACUGCAGCAUUUGAACACAUUGCAUGGAUUAAGCUAUAUGGUCUUGGAGAGAAAAGAACGCAACUCAACAUGCGUAUCUAAGAAAAUUAUUAUUCCGCAUCGUAUCAUAAAACCGACAGGUCCUUUUUAUAACAAGAUACCAAUCAUUGAUGCUAAUGAUGUCCUAUCACCCGCUUAUUUUGUGUAUGAUUAUGAUCCCAAGUUAAACAUGUUGAAAGGGCAUCACAUCCGAGCUCAGCUUUAUCUCGCUUUACUUUUUUAUUGCUCAGUGUCUAUGGAUAAUCUAGACAUUUCCAAUUGUAAUUUGUACCACUUAGCAAGGGAGAACUUGGAACUAUGCUGGAAAGAUGAGCCGUAUGAUGAAGUUGAAUUUAGCAUCAUUGAGCAAUUUUUUAACCUCAGUGAUUUGCGAGAUGCUCGCAGCCAUAGCUUAGCAUUGUAUUUAAAAGUUGCAUCCUUGUUGAUUUGCAGUUUACGCUUGGAGUUUUUGUACACGGAUGAAAGUGCAGAGGUGAUUAAAAAAAAGAGUCAUCAGUUAUUAACAAGUAUGUCAAAGCAGCUUCCUCGUUUGUUUCUAUCUUAUCUACAAAACAAACCGAAUAUUUUUGUACGCAUACAACUUAGCUCAGAAGAAGAGGAAGAUAUCCUGAAACAGUGCUUGCAACCAACCAGUAAUAUAAAGAACAAUAGAGAAGAAAUGGCUGAAAUUUUAUCCUUCCUGAGAGCCUAUAACCAAGUGUAUUUUAAACUGCAACCCCAAUCGCUUUCACCACCAAACGCCCUAAGACCUUUCAACUCAUUCUACCGUCAGUUUUUUUCUCAAAAGACACUUCUUGAUACCGAAUUUGAGAACAUUUUCCAGAAUCAUCUCGCUUUCUUUAAGUUUCCUUUCACUGCAGAAACAAUUUGGUGGACAAAAAAACUAUCUUCGUCCAGUAUCAGUUGUAUACUAAGUGAUCAGUUUCAUUUGAAAAACUUCAUCUCCUUGUAUAAUCUAGCAAGAAGUUCUCAAGUGAGUCUCUCCAAGUACAGCUAUUUUUUACAUUAUAUUGUCUUGAUGGCGAGUAUUACCCACCCUGAAUUUCCGAGUGAAGUCAGGAUGAUGCUGGCUCGUGCUCUCCUCCUUGUUGCUGAAAAUCCAGAUUUGUUCCCUAAGUCCCCUCAAUGGUUCAAUGCAAAUCAUCUUUCCGUCAAUUUGACCCAAAGGAAAGUUUACAAAAGUGAUAUCAUUGACUCAAUUCCGUCUCUUCACUGGAAGCGGCCGAGAGAUUAUGACGAGUUUGAUGAUGAAAAGAAAGAAAAAGAAUUGCAAAAGUUCGAAGAAGAAAAACAGAAGUACGAAGAAGAAAACAAAAGAAUUUGGAAGCUCUUUAGUCAGUAUGAUCUUGAUGAUGAAGGAGUGCCUCUUAGUCUCCCGUCAAAUAAAGAUGAUUUCCAACUUGAGUAUGAAUCCAGAAUGACUUUUCUGUACCUGAGCAAGAAAGAAAUAGUGAGAGAUGUUCACCGUCGAGCUGCAUACAAUGAUAGCAUGUUCAAUUUUUUUUAUCAUAUUGUGAAAGUUUGCGAUGAUGAAAAGUAUGCAUCUGAAACGGCUUGGCCUGUAGCUGCUCCAUCAAUCGAUAAAAAAAUUAAUGUCCACUUUGAGGCAAAAAAAGAAAAUGCUUUGGCCAUUGCCUCACAGCAAGUUAGCCUAGAAAGAUGGAUUGUCCCUCAGCAACCAUUAGUUGAUUUGAACCAAUUUUUUACUUUUACUUUGUCCCAAGCUGAAGAAAGUGGCUUUUUAUUUGAAGCUCAACUGAGAGAACAGAAAAAUGGAUACCAGCACAAAUUUUAUAGUGAAUUGAAAGAUAGUUGGUCAGCUUAUCAAACUGAAGAUAGGUGCACUUAUUCCUGGCUCAGUUCCCAAUCUCUGAGUGAACUAGAAUUCGUCCUCCGAAGCAAAUUCGAAAUAAUUCGUGAACGAACUGAACAACUAUGGGGUCACAUCGCAGAACGGUUCAAAUUAAGGACAAACAGUGAGUCCAACAACUACUUUGCACUACGAUGGCACUGUGGUCAAGUGCUUUAUUAUAAUAAGCAAGACUUGUUGACAGUAUUGAUUGCGCCUCAGAAGGUGGAGUUGUACAAUCCUGACUGUGUAGCACAAAAAGAAGUUGUUUAUCAAGAGCUACUGGAAUAUUUAAUUCACGAAAUAAACUCUGCAAAAUUAAUAAGAGUACUGAAUCUCUUAGAAAACCACAAAGAAGCUGACAACGACACAGAACGAUUCUCAAUAGUUCAGACUCUGGUUAGAAGUUUACAGGAAAAUCUCAAUUCAGAAUCCUACAGAAACCCCCACUGGAUUUUGUUCCAAUUUGAAAAUGAAAUAAUCGUUCGAAACAAUCAAAGCGAGCUGAUACUUGCAAUGUUAGCUCAAAAUGGAAAAGCUAUGUUCCAACUAAACAUGGGAGAGGGUAAAUCUUCUGUUAUUUUGCCACUACUAAGUUAUAACUUAGCAGAUGGCAAUCAAUUAUUACGCAUAAACGUUUUGUCUGCACUAUUAAUUACAAUGAAAGAAUUUUUACGCCAGUGCUUCUCAGGUUUGAUUCGUAAGCGUAUUUAUACCUUACCUUUCAAUCGUGAUACAGACAUUUCAACAAAAAAUAUAACUUUGAUAUCGAACAUGCUCAAAACAUGCCAAAACAACCGGCAUAUUUUACUAGUCACCCCUGAACAUCGUCUAUGUUUACAGUUGAAAACAAGAGAACUAUUGUUGGAACAUCAACAGCAAAUGGAAGCUACCAACCUUUUCAAUUGGAAUACCUACCGGCAAAGGGCUGAGUUUAAAGAUGAUGUUUACAAAGACUUGACAGAAACAGAAAAAGAAGACCGAUUGCUGAAACAAGAUAAGUGCCUGAAAGCUUGUUUGCAGGCUGAUGGGUACAUUGACACCGAAGACUCAGAUACCAAUAAAAUUCUUAAAGCACCACCGCGAGGACGCGGCCGGCUAGAAUUCGCGAAUUACAAAAAAAGAAUUGAUGAUUCUUCAUUCAGAGAAUGGAGUUGCUUGAAAGCUGCUUAUCAAGAACUGAAUUGCAACUCAAAACUUGCUUUUGCAGAUACCAGUGAAAAACUUAAGCUUCUUAGCGAAAUGAAUGUUCUUAGGGCCAUUGACCUAUUUGAUGAGUCCGAUGAGAUCCUAAAGCAUGGAACGGAACUAAAUUAUACUAUUGGUGAUAGGUGUGCUUUUGCGGGUGGAGAACUCCGCUGGAAAAUACCACAGUUUUUCAUCAAAGCAAUCUUCUGUGAUUUCGAAAUAAGAGAAGUCAUUGAUGCCGGAAAAGUUCAUGGUUUCACAGCUGUCAGUCAAAGAUUUAGUGAUGAAGGUGGUGUACCAUUUAUACAAUUGCUUUGCAAGUCUUAUUUUGAUGAUCAUAUUAAACCUUCACUCGUAGAAAAAUUUUUCCAGGAAAACUUAUCUUCGCUCCGAAAAUAUCAAACCAGUGCUGACAGUUGUUUUGCUCAAGAUGGAAUCAGCUCCCUUAGGCAGUAUGUUGCUGGAAAACUGCAGUUAAAUGAAGAAAAGAAAGUAUUGGCUUUCCUUGCUGAUAAAGGUCCAUUAAAAGAUAAGCUACUCAUUGCGAAAGGUUGGCUUUCUCAUGGGAUCUUAUUUCAUGUAUUUAAUUCCAAAUACAGGGUUCAAUUUGGAUUACAUCUAAAUUCAGAAGGUGAAGCAAUUAAACGUAUUGCAAUCCCAUUUUUGGGAAAAGACACGCCUUCUCCCAGAUCUGAAUUCAGUCAUCCAGAUGUCAUGCUUGGGUUCACUAUCAUAAGUUACUUAUAUAAAGGUCUCAGCCAGAAAGAACUCAAGGAAACACUUCUCAAUUUAAAAGGUAGCUUCAGUGCUCCAGUUGGAGAUAUGACGCUGAGCAGCUGGACUCAGGCUGGUGAAGACUGGAUUUCAACUCAGGUAGAUGAAUUCCCACCAUUGCAACUUACAUCCUUGCAAUACAUGGAUUUGGCAGACGAGCUCUGUUUGACACAAGCACACCAGUACUUAUCAGGCAAUCACUUAGCCAUAUUUGACUACCUGAAUCAGUUUGUAUUGUUGGAAGAAGCCACGCAGUAUCGUCAUAAAAUCAGUGCCAACGCUCAUUCUUUAGUGGGCUAUAAUGCAGCAUUAGGUUUUUCUGGUACAGAUGACAGAAAGAUAACAAUGCCAUUUCAAGUUGAAUCUCGCUGCUCUACCUCUCAAAUAGGGACUAACGGUAAAUUAUUAUCAGUUCUGACGGAAGAGCGAAACAGUCAUUAUCAGUCCUUGGAAACAGAGGACUCAAAAAAAUUGUUGACGGAAUUGUGUUUAUUUGUCAAAGAAAAUAAGCACUGUCAUGCCUUGAUUGAUGCCGGAGCAUUAGUUACAGGGCUCUCAAACAGUGAUGUUGCCAAAUUUUUAAUUACCCACCUGCCUGAUACGUUUGUUGGUAUCCUAUACUUUAGCGAUGAAGGCAAUAAACUGACUGUUCAAACACGGGAUGGCAAAAUCUCCGCAUUACAAGAUUGCUACCUGGAUAAAAGGUUCUUAUUCGCUUAUCUGGAUGAUAUACAUACACGUGGUACAGAUAUACAGCUUCCCUUAAACUGCCAUGCCAUACUCACUAUUGGCAUGGACAUGUCAAAAGAUAAGUUAAUGCAAGCUGCCAUGCGCUUAAGACAACUAGCCCAAAAACAGUCGGUUUCUCUCUGGGGCACGCAAGCUGUCUCAUUUGCAAUUGCACGAGACAAUUCAGUCGACCCAACCAAAAUUAAUAGUCUAGAAGUAAUUAAAUGGGUCACCCGCAACACUAUCAAUCACAUCAACGAGGAUUUGUUCCCAGUAGCAGUGAGGAAAAUCAACUUCGAGUUUUUACUAAGAGCAGAGGCCUGGCUGAAAGAGGCGCCUGCCAACCUGAAUAUUUUGGUUCAAUUUUGUCAGAGUGAGGAGUUGUUUCAACUGGAAGAUUUUUAUGCCCUUUCGCCCCAAUGUGAAGAUUUAGCGGAUCGGCUGGAUUGGUUGGUUGCCACACGCAUCCGAAUAUUCUGGCGCGACCUUGCGCUCGAGUUUCAAAACAAAAAGCUGACAGAUACCCCUUUUUACAAAAAAAUAUUUGAACGAUCAAAUAAAGUUAACUUAAAAGACCAACUCAGCGCCAUCACAGAAACAGUAAUAGAAUAUCUACAGGAGGGCCUGAUUCAUCAGUCUCUUGAUGAUGAUGAAGAAAAAGAAGUAGAAGUAGAAAUAAUUCAAGAGCGGAGAGUUCUAUUUAAAUUAGAGCAUCAAAAAGCUCGACAGGAACAACUGUGGGAUGUUCAGAUAAUUUUACUGGAUGAUUUUAUCACAGAAGCUCAAGAAGCUGCCAUUAUUAUGCCAUUAUGUAGCAUAAAGCAUUACGUGCAACAUCCUGCUCGUAUUGAAGAGAUUACAUGGCACAAAGAUAUUUACAUGACAUCCAAUUAUAUUAAAAGCAUCAUUCGGGAGAAGGAAGGUACUCUGGAUAAUUAUUUGCGUCCUGUUGAUGUUGUUUUAAUCCACCGUUCUCCCGAUAAAAGUGAGGCCUUGUUGCUAUCAGGUCGAGAAGCAUCUCGUAUUAAGUCUAGAUGUUUUGAUAAUUUCGGUAACAAUUUAUUGGUGCACAUCAAUGAUAUCAACGGUCACACUCAAUGGCCUUCAGAUAGUGUUGUAACCAAGCAAGAACAAAAGUUACUCACGAUCAUAAAAUUGUUUGCUGGUGAAUGUCACUAUGCAUCAAAGAGAGAAGUGCAACGCAUUGCCAAAUUAGUAGGGCGCAUCUACCCUCAGUUUUUUAAUUGUCUAAAUUUAGAUAGAACACACUCAGAACAACUCUAUGAUGUCCUAAUUCAAGAAGAUUAUCUGGACUUUGCUGGUGUUAUGACCGAAAACUUUCUAAAAAUUUUGCGGUCUGUCAGGAGAGGAGAACCUCUGUUUGAAUUUCCAGAAGAUAUUGAGUUAAAUAAAAACUUAUCGAAAAAAGUUUUUGCAUUAUUUCAGGACUUGAUAAUUCGAUCAUCCACCUCUUUACAAAGCGGUCAUUAUGUUCUGUGGCAAUGGGUAGGUGCACGCAACAGAUUGCGAGAAUACCCAGGGUCAGCAUUAGAAUCAGUGAUCAACUCUGAGCACAAGAUUAAAUUUACUUACUAAAGGCAUGGUAAAAAUAUCAGUUUUGUGUAUUUAGAGUACACUCUUCACGAUUUCGAGUUCUACAGCCUCAUACCUAUAUCGGCUUUUUAAGUACUCUUCUCUUGGAAGCAGUACAAUGACUUUCUGCAAUGAUAUCCCAUCAGUUCUUGGGCCCCAGACUGAUAAUGAUUCCAAUACUCAUGAUUGUUUAGCCCUUACACCGUAAGUUUCUUUUUCCUGUCCACUGUGUAUCAUAUUUAUUUUUGAUGAACUGUCACUCGCAUAAUAUCUCUCAAUUUUUAGGAAGGUUAAACUUCCCACUGCAAAAUUUAACUUGUAAAAAUUAAAAAUAUCAUAGCCAACCAGUUUUUAAUGAGUGACGUACAAUCUGCAAGCAAUUGACUUUUUGAAAAUAGUUAUUAAACCUUUUGCACUUGUUAUUGUCCUUUAAUAAUUUUUAGUUUUUUAAGAAAGUAAAACAUGAAGUGACCUUACUUUUCUGCUGACUACGGGUGCUUCUUAUGGUCUGAUUGUUUUGAAUACCAUUACAUUUAUUGAAUUAUUUUCAUAUUUUUCCAUGUAUUGCAUGUUAUUUCGUUCAUUUGCUCGUUCUUUCCAAGUACAAACAUUUUUGAAAAACUACA